AUAAACUUCACGGCCGUGCGAUUCCUUUCGUCCGCGCGGGUGGCUAGGGUUAUUGGGAGGCUCGGGGAGAGACAGCGGGAAGCUCUUGGAGAAGCUUUGCAGAAGCGUUGAUAUUCUGAAGUUAUAUAUUCACAUUGCCAGAUGGCUCCACCUGCUAAAGCUACCUCCAAGAAGCCUGAUGGCAAAACACAGGCUCUGAAGGUUGCCAAGGCUGUGAAAUCAGGAGCAUCGUCUCUGAAAAGGAAGACCAAGAAGAUCCGCACUUCUGUUACUUUUCACCGGCCCAAGACCCUCAAGAAAGAGAGGAAUCCAAAAUAUCCUAGGAUCAGUGCUCCACCAAGAAACAAGCUCGACCACUAUCAAAUUCUCAAAUAUCCCCUGACCACUGAAUCUGCCAUGAAGAAGAUUGAAGAUAACAACACGCUUGUAUUCAUAGUUGACAUCCGAGCUGACAAGAAAAAGAUCAAAGCAGCUGUGAAGAAGAUGUAUGACAUUCAGGCAAAGAAAGUCAAUACUUUGAUCAGGCCUGAUGGCACGAAAAAGGCAUAUGUGAGAUUGACCCCGGAUUAUGAUGCUCUGGAUGUUGCAAACAAAAUUGGCAUAAUCUAGACAUGUAGUAGUUAGCAAUCCAGUCCUGUGCUGAAUCACAUUUAAGGUUGGUGUUUCAGGUCUCAGACUCUAAUUUUGUGUCCUCUUUGAUUUUCUUGCUUUAGUAGUUCGUUGGCAUCAGAUGCUAGUUGAAAGUUAUUCUGAAUACUUUCUUAACUGUACUACUAGGAUUCGUUGUUGAUUAUGGUGGACAUCCCUUAAUUUUAAGGGAGGCCCCGCAUUAGAUAAAUGUGCUGCAGGUAUCCUUGUCUUUGUGGUUGCUCCAAAACAUUAAGCAAUGAAAGCUUGCAUAUUUGCUGUACGAAA